GGUUCCGGGGAAUGUCCCCUUCCCCUUCCCCUUCCCCUUCUCCUGCCGCUGUCGUCUCCCCCCCGAAAAAGGCCACGUGUGGUUGUGUGUGUGUGUGAGUGUGUGUGUGUGAGAGAGAGAGAGAGAGAGAGGCGUGGUGCUGCGCGGUGCUGUCAGUGCUCAGUCGUGGUUAGGAAGGAGAGAUGGUGCCGGCGAUGUGAUGGGGGCAUGGCGUCUUCCUUAGCUAGACCUCAUAUGACAAGCGGUCUCCUCUCCAGCUCGUCGUUAGCUUCUUCAUCAUAGGGCCUCGCCAAGGCAUCUGGUCUUACCUUGAAGGUUUAAUGGCUGAUCACUUCGCCAUAGCCAACGUGAGACCACCAUCGUCAUCGUGCCAACGUGGGGCUUUGUCAUCUUCACUAGGUAGCAGAAAACUCCGUCGUCAAUAUGGUACUUCCGCCAUAGCCAAAUCUUACCAUCGGACCUUCAUCUUCAUCGUGCCAACGUGGUUACUUCGGCCAUAGCCUCAAUCAAUGAGACCAGUGGAUCUUCGGUGCCUUCAUCGUCGUGCCAACGCCUUGCUUCCGCCAUAGCCACAUGUUACCAUUGGACCUUCCUUGUCAUCAUCGUGCCAACGUGGCACUUCCGCCAUAGCCACAUGUGACCAUCGCAUCGCAUCUUCAUUGAUCAGUGGAUCUUCGUUGCCUUCAUCGUCGUGCCAGCGCCUUGCUUCCGCCAUAGCCACAUGGUACCAUUGGACCUUCCUGGUCGUCAUCGUGCCAACGUGACACUUCCGCCAUAGCCACAUGUGACCAUCGCAUCGCAUCUUCGUUGUCUUUCUGCCAACGUUGUUUCGUCUUCUUCAUUGCUAGAAUCAUAGCGAGGAGCCAUAGCCACAUGAACGUUGGAGCCUAGCGCUUGUCCGCCAUAGCCACAUGAACGUUGGAGCUUAGCGCUUGUCUGCCAUAGCCACAUGAACGUUGAAGCUUCGCGCUUGUCUGCCAACUACCGUCGUAGUUCUUCAUUAGUCGCCACGUAGAUCAGCCAUGUCCAUGUCAGACAAUCUUGGAGUGUACGGCUCGUUAUCUGGGACGGUCCCGGUUGCGGCCGGGCCAGAGGUGGUGCUCCCGUUCCAAGAUCCGUAUGCAGGUGGUAUAGGGGUUGGCCAUCCCCUCGGUGCAUCUCCUCUACCAGCCGCAAACGCAAAUGCCUCAGUCGGGCCAUCAGGAGCAGGAGACGGUGGGGAAGCGAGCAGCAGCUCAUCUGGCUCUGGAUGGCGAUCGAUUUUCAAUAUCUCUACCUAUAAACCAUAUUUUGAUGUUGAUACUGUUGAUGUUUUGGAGAGAAUUCAAGAAACUUUGAUUCCAAAUAGAAGCACAUUCCUUGAGAAAACUGGAGCACGUCCAGACAUAUAUGGUCCAUUCUGGAUCUGUACGACUUUGAUCUUCUUAGCUUCCGCUCUCGGCAACAUCGCCAACUACCUGUCGUCGUCGAAGCAUACGGAUUGGCAUUUGGAUAUCAACAAGGUGUCAAGAUCGACAACGCUAUUGUACGGAUAUGUGGGGCUCGUUCCGCUGCUGCUAUUUGGAGUACUCAAGUACUAUGGGAUGACCUCUGGACUGGUGCAGCUAUGGUGUAUGUAUGGCUAUUCGCUUUUCAUCUAUAUCCCAUGCAUGUUUGUCACAGUGAUCCCUUUCGAGUUCUUGCGAUGGCUUGCGGUCGCAGCUUCCUGCUUUCUAUCGACCUGGUUCUUGGCGACAAAUAUCCGAGCACACGUGGAACCGACCAGCGAGCGAUGGUUUACAGUUGUAGUGUCAGCGAUGGGUCUCCAUGUACUACUGGCGAUUGUCAUAAAAAUUUCCUUCUUUAGCGGCUGGGGGAAGUCUGGGAAGGAUUAGGAACUAAACCAAUAGGGAGAAUAGGGAGUAAGCGGGCAGAGGUUGAGGCGGAUAUUUCAAUCAUAUUUGUUAUAUACACUCUCGCUCGCUGACAUAUAAGGUUUGCCGGACCAAGGGCGGCGGCCCGGCGGGUACACGACAGAACGUGAACCGAGAGAUUGGCACUGGAAAUUCGGGACUGCAAAUUUGGGACUGCAAAUUUGGGACUGGAAAUUUGGGACUGGAAAUUUGGGACUGGAAGGUGCAUGGAAGACUAAAUAGGGAACAGGCUACGAUGAAUAUGCAAAGUAUUGGGAGGGAGCUUGAGGACAAUCCUUUUUGAGUGAUUGGUCAUUUUUUGAGAACCUGGAAGGUUGUAGUGUAAAAGGAAAGAUGGAGGAGGAGCUGGAGCAGCAGGAAGGGCGAGUAUCGGCGAGAUGGGGUAGUUUUUAAAACAGGAGCAAGAAUACCAGCCAGCCGGUGAAGUCUUUUUUUAUUACUUCAUCAUAUUUUUACAGUGGCCCUCCAAUUGUUCAGCGAGUUGAUGGUGAGGAUUGCUGUUAUCGGAGGAGGGCAUCUUUUGUAGGUGGCAGUCCUAUUCUGUAUUUUCUAAGGCAUUGUAUAUCUGCUGCAGCAACCACACUC